UCAAUUUUUACUGUGAGGGCGACAAAUACGACUUCACCCUCAAAGCGGUUACGGCUCUACGUGCACUUUCUCCGGGAUUGCCAAGGGAUUUCAAUGGUUGGCCCGUUCUUUUGUUUCCGUGUUGAUUCGGAUCACACAUAUAUGGCGUUUGUGACCGUCUGCAGAGAGUUCUGCCAGGCUCAGCACCUCACCUUUGCGGACAAGUGAAUCGAUAGCUGCCCGUGGGACUACGCCACCCAGAAGCCUCCCUGACAGCCAGCAUACUGGGCCCGUCUGUCUCUUCUAUACCCCUUUGAGAUCCCGUGUAGUCCUCGAGCAUCCGUCUCUUUCCUUCCUACAGAUUUUUCUCCCUGUAGCCAAUCAGAAACUCUUCUCCUGAAUGGGACGUCUUGCCAACAUGAACCGCCCUGCCGCUGUUGAGAUUUCCUAUGACUGCAUGAGAUUCCUCAUCACACACAACCCCACCAACUCCACUCUCAACAAGUUUACUGAGGAGCUGAAGAAGUUUGAAGUGAACACACUGGUCAGAGUAUGUGAAGCCACCUAUGACACUGCACUAGUGCAGAAGGAGGGCAUCCAAGUCUUUGACUGGCCCUUUGAUGAUGGAGCUUCGCCCCCCACUCGGAUUGUAGACGAUUGGUUAAACCUGCUGAAGACCAAGUUCCGAGAGGAGCCAGGAUGCUGCAUUGCCGUUCACUGUGUUGCAGGCUUGGGCCGAGCACCUGUGCUGGUGGCUUUAGCCUUACUCGAGUGUGGAAUGAAGUAUGAAGAAGCAGUGGUGUUCAUACGACACAAGAGACGUGGAGCCUUCAACGCCAAACAGCUUAUGUACCUUGAAAAAUACCGACCCAAGAUGCGUCUGAGGUUCAAGGAUGACAACGGUCACAACUGCUGUGUCCAGUAGUGUGUCAUUCUGUCAGUCAUACAAAACAGCAGUGGGAAGUUCAACCAGGGUAUAUAGGGGAGCAAAAGCUGUGGGUUAUAAUUGUGGUGAUUAUUAUCAAACGAAUCAUGGCUAAUCGAUCACAGAAUAAUGAAGCUGAUCUAUGGAUUCACCAGCAGUAUCAAAGAGAAGGGUCAAAGCACACAGACAAGCCCACAAACCUGGUUGCUUAACCAGUGUUACCAGUCACGGGCUAGAACAUACUAACGUUCCCCUGAUUUCCCAAAUUUCCAAUCAUGGGACGACUUUAUUUCGGGUUAUUUCAGAAUGAGUACUUUGAAACGUGAUCAAAAGAUUUACAAUUGUUAAAUGCUGUCAUUUGUUGAUUUAUUACUACUUUUUUUAUUAAGACUUAUUGUUGGGCAUAUUUCUUUUAUCAUCGUUUUCUCUUUUUUAUUAAUAUUAUUAUUAUUUCAACAGACAAUAGCCAAUUUUGUUACAGAGACAAAAACUAUAAAGUAGGCACACGAUAUUUUUGCACAGUAUGACAUUUUUAAGAAGUUCCCCUUUGAUGCAGCAAUCACUUUUUUAAUUUAGGGUUAGCCUGGGUUUGAAAUAAGUCCGCUGUAUUUAUUCACUAUAAUUAGCGCGUCUAGUCAGGAGUUUGGGUGGGGUUCAGACCAUUUCUUUCGUUCUUUUCUUUCGUGGAGCCAUGUUCUUUUCAGUCCUUUUCUUAAUCUCUGGGGAGUGCAAUAUUCAGUCCAGAUUAGAAAAGCCCUUACCCUUAGGACCGUCCUACAUCCAGAUUCAAACACAGGAGGAUUCUCAGCUUGUCUUCUUCGGUACUCGCUUUCAAUAGCUGCUCUUUGCUGGCUGGUCAGUUAGAAGCUUUUAUCUGUUCAGCCCACAGACACACUGAAGGAGGCAGAAAAACCAGUCAGCACUGGCUUCAUUUUUAUUUUAAUCCACCUUUUCUUUAUCAUCGUUGUGCCCAUUUUGAAAACAUCCCCACUUCAUCUUGGUUUUAAGACAAAUAAAUGAAUUGAAAUUGA